AUGAUCUUUGGAACCCAACUCGACGGUAUUGCGCUCGUGGUCGGCUCCGGACGUGGCAUCGGCCAGCAAUGUGCCUUCUCGUUGGCCAAAGCAGGGGUCAAGGCUGUCGUGCUCGCCGACAGGAAGGGGGAAACAGCCAAGGCAUUGGCUGAAGAGAGCAAGACGUAUGCCACUCAUAAAGAAUACCAGGCAACAACCUUCAAAAUAAAUGUCGUCGACGAGAAGAGCGUGGAGGACAUGGUUGAGUUCGCGGUAAAGGAAUUCGGGAAGAUCGACUACUGCGUGAAUGCUGCUGGACCUGGAUUAAUCAGGUUUGCAAGUACCGAUAUUGAGAACUACGACCUCAUUAUGACCAUUAAUGCAAAGGGCAUGCUGCUCGGUGUGCGCGCGGAGCUCCAAGCAAUGCAGAAACAGCCCCCAAAGACCUUUACGAGCCGCAAUGGUACCCGCGUCCGAUAA